AUGUAUGGAAAAUUUCUUAUAAAUGGUUCUCCAUCAAGGGUAGUAGUUUAUUUAGAAGGUCCACCUCCAGGCACUGACAUUCUCCUUGAUAGUCUAGUGUUGAAGCACGCAAAGAAAAUCCUUCCUUCACCUCCUCCAGUUAUUGAGGCUUAUGAUGGCCAAGUGACAACAUUAGGCAUGUUGGAACAUCACUCCGAGUCUGGUCACCUUGGAGCAUUAUUGGCAAAGUCAGGCAGUCAUUAUGCUGUUAUUACAAAUUGCAAGGAGCUUUGGCAAGGCUUGGAACAAGAUAUCACAAGCAGAAUUUCACCAGGUUCCACCUAUACAGUUUCUGCUCGUGUCGCGGAGUAUCAGGGUCUCUUCAGGGCUUUGCCAAUGACAUCCGUUUCAAAAGACCAGUGGCAGACGUUGGAAGGUGAGUUUUCAUUGUCAACUAUGCCUGACUGUGUUGUAUUUUAUUUGGAAGGGCCUUCUCCUGGAGUUGACCUACUCAUAGAAUCAGUAGUGGUAACCUGUUCCAGUGAACCCAUUAGUCGGAGCACUAGAUCCAUCUGCACUGGAGAUGACAACAUCAUAUUGAACCCAGCAUUUGAGGAUGGCCUUAAUAAUUGGUCUGGAAGAGGCUGCAAGAUUCUUUUGCAUGACUCUAUGGGAAAUGGAAAAAUCAUUCCAAUGUUUGCUUCCGCAACACAACGCUCACGGAGCUGGAAUGGGAUUCAGCAAGAGAUAACUGGAAGAGUGCAGCGAAAGCUUGCAUAUGAGGUUAAUGCUGCAGUGCGAAUAUUUGGUAACAACGUCACCAAUGCUGAUGCAACAGACAAAGACUGGGUACAGAUGCAUGGAAAAUUUCUUAUAAUUGGUUCUCCAUCAAGGGUAGUAGUUUAUUUAGAAGGUCCUCCUCCAGGCACUGACAUUCUCCUUAAUAGUCUAGUGUUGAAGCACGCAGAGAAAAUCCCUCCUUCACCUCCUCCAGUUAUUGAGAAUGCAGCUUUUGGAGUUAAUAUUAUUGCGAACAGCAACCUCAAUGAUGGCACCAAUGGUUGGUUUCCUCUUGGCAAUUGCACUCUGACUGUUGGAACUGGUUCACCACAUAUACUGCCUCCAAUGGCAAGAGAUUCUCUUGGACCUCAUGAGCCUCUAAGUGGUUCGUACAUUCUUGUCACUAAUCGCACUCAGACUUGGAUGGGUCCUGCUCAGAUGAUCACAGAUAAAGUGAAACUCUAUUUGACAUAUCAAGUAUCUGCAUGGGUCCGAAUUGGUCCUGGGGCCACUUGUCCUCAGAACAUAAACGUAGCACUUGGCGUGGACAGCCAGUGGGUAAAUGGUGGCCAAGCUGAGGUUAAUGAUGACAGAUGGCAUGAAAUCGGUGGCUCUUUUAGGAUCGAGAAGCAACCAGACAAAGUGAUGGUAUAUGUUCAAGGUCCUGCCCCUGGUGUGGAUAUGAUGGUUGCUGGCCUUCAAAUUUUUCCUGUUGAUCGACAGACAAGGUUCAGACAUUUAAAGAAGCUAACUGAUAAGAUACGUAAGCGUGAUGUUACCCUGAAAUUCUCAGUAUCAGAUUCAGGCAGUUUGCCUGGCACCUUUUUGAGGGUCAAGCAAACACAAAACAGUUUCCCCUGUGGGUCAUGCAUGAUGAGAACAAACAUAGACAAUGAAGACUUUGUUGAUUUCUUUGCUAAAAAUUUUAACUGGGCUGUGUUUGGAAAUGAGUUGAAGUGGUAUUGGACAGAGCCACAGCAAGGAAAUUUCAACUACAGAGAUGCUGAUGAGCUCUUGAACUUGUGCACGAGCCGGAAUAUUGCAGUCCGUGGACACUACGAUGCAUGGGUCGUUCUAUCAAACCAUCUGGGAAAAGAUAUCAGAGCAAACAUGUUCAAGACUGCAAACAAACUAGACUCAUCUGCCACCCUGUUUGUAAAUGAUUACCAUGUUGAGGAUGGUUGUGACACCAGAUCAUCUCCAGAAAAGUACAUUGAACACAUUCUUGAUUUGCAAGAGCAAGGCGCGCCUGUGGGAGGAAUUGGAGUUCAAGGGCAUAUAGAUAGUCCAGUUGGGCCAAUCAUUUGUUCUGCUCUGGAUAACUUGGGCAUUCUUGGUCUUCCAAUUUGGUUCACAGAGCUUGAUGUGUCUUCCAAUAACGAGCAUGUUAGAGCUGAUGACUUGGAAGUAAUGCUCCGGGAAGCUUUUGUCCAUCCUGCAGUUGAUGGUGUGAUGCUGUGGGGAUUCUGGGAGUUGUUCAUGAGCCGAGACAAUUCUCAUUUAGUGAAUGCAGAAGGUGACCUUAAUGAAGCUGGAAGAAGGUACCUUGCUCUUAAACAGGAGUGGCUGUCCCAUGCUCAUGGGCAUAUCGAUGAUCAGGGACAAUUCGGGUUUAGAGGCUUCCAGGGAACGUAUGAGGUGGAAGUUGUCACCCUGUCCAAGAAAGUUUCUAAGACAUUUUUUGUUGACAAGGGUGAGGAACCCCUGGUGGUAUCUAUAAACUUAUAG